AUGAACCAGUCUAUCUCGUCAUUGAUCAAGCUUAAGUUCCUUCAUAGUAAUGAUAAAAGUGGCAACAAGAAAGGUGGUGCCAAUGCUUCAACAGAUACAGACAGGAUAAGUGAACACGAAGGUUAUAGGAGUCCCUUCAUUCAACUUGCAGAAAUACAAGAACAUACCAAUAAUGACGACGAUAAACCAAACCUCAAGGAAUUUGAGCCUAUAAAAAAACAUAGCAAAUUAAGCAGAAUACGGCGUAAGAUGAGUAGGUUAGAUUUGAAUUUUAAAUCAAGCAGUGAAAAAGGCUCUGAAGACGACGAAACCGCCGAUUCUCAACAGAUUGGUAAUGGACAAGACUUCGAUGAAAGGCAUUCCAAACCGGGAAAUGACGCACACUCAGUGGAGAAAGUAUCUGAACUCAAUCUCGAGAAGACCACCCUUAUUAAUUCCGGGAUCAAUAAGAAGAAUUCAACACAUACUUCUCUUUCACUUAGUCCUGUGAAACCAGCCAUGGAAAAAUUUCCCAGCUCCAAUAGAUUUUCAAGAAAUUACAGAAAAUCGCAAGAGUACUCUCUAUGUAAUGGCGAAAGACUAGCCUCAACGCUUCCUAUAGUGAGCAGAAUAUCCACAUCUUCUUCCGUCGGUUCGUCUACGACGGCUUCAAGGUAUUUCAACCCAUCAAAAAGAGCAGUUGCUGCAUCAUCAUCAUCAUCGUCAUCAUCAAUGAAGUUCAAUCCACUGCACACCAUUCCCGUUGAUGCAUCGCCUCAAAUUGAACUAACAAAACAUCAAGAUGAAGCUUCCAAAAAGAGAUUUGGGAGAAGACGUAGUAGGACCGUUGACGUAUCUGACUAUAUAAACAAGAAUAACACGUCAAGAAACAAGACUCCACUAUCUCCACCCUUAUUCAUUAGAACCAUUGACGAGAAAAAUACAAAUGCUCGCACGUCAGUCACCAUGAGGUCACACGGACCCCUUUUAUGCGAUGAAAAUAAUAUUUCAAGUAGCGCUACAAAUCAGUUGGAUACAAGUUAUUCAGACUAUCAGAGGUUAUCAAGAUCUAGAUCGCAAAGUACAUCUUUUGUUCAAAAUAAGGGUAGUAAGAGGAAAUCCGUUGAAGAUGAAAAUUAUACCGGCAAAUUAAGCUUACCUCAUGGGUCAGGUCCUACUUCAGUCUAUGACAAUAAAAGCAACGCAAAUUCCACUGUCACAGGCAUGUCAAGAAGAAGCAGUUCGAUUGUGAAUGCUUUAAGCAGUUUCGUUAACCUUCGUUCUUCCAGUUUAUCAUCUUCCAAACAGCAGCACCUUCAGCAGCAACACCAGCUACAGCAAAAACUAGACGUAUCGCUAGAUGAUCUGCCACCGAUCCCUGCUCCCGAAUUUAGUGAUUCAUGUAAAGAUUUUUUGGUCAAAUUAGCACCAUAUGGAAAGUUCAUUGGUGUCAUUUUAACCGAGAAGGAGGACGAAUUCAAAAAAAAUUGUCUGAGCUAUUUGCUAGCAAACUGUUUCGAAUUCAAAACCGAUCCCCUAGACAUUGCCUUGAGGAAACUCUUGAUGUUUUUGGAGCUACCAAAGGAAUCUCAACAAAUUGAUAGGUUGAUAAUGGCAUUCAGCGUUUCAUAUUAUAAGGCCCAAAAAAGCUUUUCAAAAAAGAAGGCAGUGGAGUGUCCUUGGCAUAAUGCUAAUCAAGUUUACUUCAUAACAUUUUCCUUGUUGAUGCUGCAUACAGAUUAUUUCAACCCUAACAACAAAUGUAAAAUGACAAAGCAUGAUUUCGUGGACUUAGUUCAUAACGACAAAUACUCAAACGGUAACGAAAUUCCUAUAGAUGUGCUGACGUAUUUCUAUGAGAAUGUCACUGCCAAAGAGUCACCCAAAUUCAAUUAUUUUGUAAUGUCGCCGAUGGCUUUGGACAAUAGCAUCUUUGAUAAAGACACAUUUGAUACAAAUUUUGCUAUCACGUUAUCAUCCAACUCCAUGUAUUCUCCAAUAGAUAUGAUAAGAAAUGGUAGCAUACAAUCUAAAGAGUCUUCUCUUUCACCAAACUUCUAUCCACUAACAAAUACAACUAGUGGAUCCGGCAUCGUUCCAUCGACAACAGGUUCAUCAGGCCCACCUAACACGCCGAACAACGGGACGAACUUUGCAGCUGCCAACAAUAAUAGUAAUAGACCGGCGUCUAACUCGAUAUCGUCUUACUUUUCAUAUAAUCCAAGCUCUAGUUCCAGCGGAAAUGCCACGUUGGUUCAAGAUGACAUUAACAUCUAUGCACACAUUGCAAAUGAUUCGCUAAAUGCAGCGAACUUAUUUUCGGAGGUCUCAAAGUAUUGGAAUAAGAAUAUCAUGAAAACGAAUUUGCUGAGGAAGGAGGAACACAGAUACGAGAAGUACUAUAGCAUAUUGAAUGAUACCAAAGGUGGAUAUUUGCGUUUCCAUAAAAGUCAAUUGAAUAAACUGAAUUUAGCUAAUUUUGAAAUACUGAAUGAUAAUAAUCGACCCGGUUAUAAGAAUUCAGAUUAUAAGUAUUGUAAAAUUCUUCAAAUGGGAGGAAUAAUGAACUUGGGUAUGCCCGGCAGAAAGUUUUCUAUUGUCAAUUCUGGUAGGAUCCAUUGGAAAAAGGAAUUUGCGAUAUUGACGUCGUUCGGGCUUUUACUCUGUGACAAAAUGGAUUGGAUAAAUCCCCAGAUGAUGAAGGAUCCAAAAUCGGGAACUUCGAACUAUAUAAUUGAUUUCAAAUCUGGCUUUUCCUUCGUCCCAGGAAAUAUGAUUGAUGUUUAUAACGGGUUGUUCGCUGAUUAUGAACAAGAUUCAUUGGGGAAGUCGCAUUUUGCAAGUUUAGUGCUUCCAUAUUCGCACCAACAUCCUGCGGCGAGCCAUACGAACAACGCGACGGCAUCAAGUGGUAUUCACAGAAAUAGUGAAGGGGUUUUCGACACAUCUUCGGAUGAAAGAGAAGAUAGUACCAGUUCUACCGUUAGCGCCGGCAGUAAGAGUGACAGUGACAGUGGCACAGAUAGUGUUUCGAGUGCAGAAGAUCAACACAUUGUGAACGCUGAUGAUAAUAAAGUGAACAAUCCUGAGAAGGAUGUGCUUUCAACCCUUCGAAAUGAAAAUGCCGAUUGUUCAUUAUACUUACAUACAUGCCACCGAAAUUUCAUCUGGAAAUGUGCUAACAAGUAUGAGAGGGACAACUGGAUUGAUGCGAUUAACUUAUUUUCGGCAUACGAUGGAUGCUAUGUGGAAAUCGGUAGUAUAGCAAACACAAUUUGUAAUAAGAGAAAGCUCACCGUUUCGCAAAGGAUGGAAAGACUAAAGUCUAUCAAAUCGGCAAAAUGGGAGAAAAUGAGAAAAUGUGAAAGCACUCUAACAUUACUAGGGAAAUGUGUGCCUAUCAGCACCAAAACCAAGACGGAUAUGAUAAACCGCAUAAGGCAGCUGGCUGUCAGGAUGGAUUGGUUGAUCUACGAAAUCAAAAGAAAUGAGUUGUUUCUAAGCAUCAUAGAGGAAGUGACACAUAAACGGCAGGUUGGAAAAAGUGUUAUAGAAGAUGAUAAAGGGGAAGAGGAGGGUCUUAUCAAAGAUGCCGAUAGUGAUGUCAUUGAUGAUAUUGAGGAAAGCUUUUUAUUCAAUCAAGAUAGUUUGCAAGAGUGUGUGAACGACAGUAGUUGCAGUGAAUGCAGUGAAUGCAGUGAAUGCAGUGAUCAAUAA